UCGCUUUUAACUGGCUUGAGCUUCGGCGUGCUCGUGAGAUUAUGAGUUUAUUUCGACUCUAUAAUCAGCAUAACUGUCUAUAAAAUAAUUGAUAAAAACUGAAUAUGGAAUCAACAGAGCAAACUAAACCUUAAGAAAUACGGUUGGUUGCUCGGCUGGUACCGGUACAAGACCAUCAUCAUGUCUCAUGCCGAUCGUCUUCGUGAGGAAAUCAAGUAUUUAUCAGUUCUCAUCCAACAACACAAGGAAGGGAAAAAAUAUGGUGAAGCUGAUACUGGAAAACAACAGUCUGCGAUUGAAACAAAGUAUCGAUGGAAAUCACUGCCUGAAUCAACGAAUAUUCAGUAUAUUCCAAGGCAAUAUCCAGAUCAAAAAAAAAAGCAUCAUCAAUCUCAUGCAAGUUAUGUCCCGAAGAAAAAACCGUAUGCAAAAGUACCACCAACACCUGAUAUGAUGGCCAAUAAGACUGGUGUGAAAUUUCAGUCAAAAUUCAAAUGGUCAAAAGGAACAGGAUCUGUCAGUCAAUCUACAUCAGGCACCAUGUCAUUGCAAGAUUCAACUGUGAAAACUGCAGACUUUGCUGUUGCCAAAUCAGCUUCUCAAAUUGCACAUCUGAAUAUACCAAUGAAAAAAUUUAUUCCAACUGCCAAAACCAACCUAAGAAAAAAAGCUAGUGAAAAAAAGGUGUCGAUUCAAAACUCUCAAAAAAUUGAAGUGGGAGUGAGAUCUCCUAUUAAUAAUUCAAAUAUUAGGCAACAACCUAUGACAUCAGGGAAAGGCGCAUUGAACAAACAAAGAAAUGUGUUAUCAAGAAUACCAUCCCAACAAUCUCAUCAUAAAUGGUCACCAAAGAGACGAAGUUCGACAUAUUUUAAAGUGCCUCACUCUACCUCAAAAUGGACUGCCAAGCGAGUGCAAUCCAAUCCGUAUAAGUUGAACAGAGUAGCCUCAUCUCAACAUUACAUUAACCAUAGAAAGUCAAAUACUCUGAAGUUAUCCAAAAAUACCUCCAAAUUAAGAAAUCAUACAAGAGUAUUGGAUCAUGGUCAUAAACCGAAGGAACUGUCAAGUCAUAUUACAUUGAGCAAAGCAGCUCUCGAAGGUCUUUUGAAAAAGCACUCUGUAACAUUGAAACAAGUUUUGGCAAAUCGUGCUGUUGUCAGGAGCCACAAAACAGCAAGGUUCAACAAAGAAAGGAAAAAACAACAUUGCUUGUACUUUGGAAGAUUUGGCAAAUGCAUGAGAGGUGACAGAUGCAAUUUCAUCCAUGAUCCAUCCAGAGUUGUCGUUUGUACAAGAUUUCUCAGAGGAACUUGUCGCAAUGACAAAUGCUCGUUUUCACACAAAGUUCAAAAGGAGAAGAUUCCUGUUUGCUUGUUCUUUUUGAGAGGAAAAUGUUCAGUAGUUAAUUGCCCGUAUCUUCAUGUUUAUCUUGGUAAAGAAGCUCCAGUUUGCAGGAGAUUCGCCACCACUGGAUUCUGUCAAGAUGCUGACAAGUGUAAGAUGCAGCACAUCAAAUGCUGUCCCGAGUUUUAUGAAUCAGCAAGCUGUUCCAGAGGAAAAUCAUGUCAGUUACAACACUUAAAGAUUCAUAAACAUAGUGUGAAGCCAAGCACUGUGAAAGAAAAACCAAGUAAAAGUGACGAACCAGGACCUUCUUCUAUAUUACAAUUGGGAUAUGAUAAUAAAUCCUCGAAUGAAUUUGUGUCUGCUCAAACCUCAUCUUGCCCUGAUUUUCUCAGUUUGAAUGUCGAUUCACCUCAGCCUAUUAACAAACCAUUCAAAAGUGCUGCAAUACACAUCAAACCACGUUUUGGGAAACUGAAACUUGAUCUUCCUUCGUCACAAUGAGAACUCGUCUGCAGGUGGUAUUUGUGUUUUUAAAUAUUACUUGCACUUUUAUGUUUUUAUGUCUUGCAAUUUUUUAUUUCAUUAUUUGAUGAGAGAUUCUUACUUCAAUCCUGUUUGUGUGCUGUGUUGCCACAACACCUUGAAUUGGAAAUAAUUUCAACAUGAAAUUGGUAUAUUCUGUGUGUUAUUAAAAUUUUCUUACAACUUGUUCUGUACUUUACAUGUAUACAUUUUGGGAAAAAAGAAAUAAUGGAGAUGUCAGGGAA